GUCGGCCGCGGGCUCAGCACUGGGAUGGCGCUGUACGCCGCCAACCAGGGGCAGCAGUGCCCGGCGUGCACCUGCGCGCCCCUGUGCCCGGAGUUGCGCUGCGACUGCUCCGGUCUGCAGGGCUCGAGCGGCCAGGGGCCGGGCCUCUGGUCGGUGGCGCUGGCCUGCGCCGCCAGCGGGCUCGUGGGGGCCUGCAGCGCGGCGCUGGCCUUCUGGCGCCUGAGCGGCCGCUUCCUCGGGCCGCGCGGCGCGGCGCUGGCCACUGGCGGGGAGGCCGACUUCGAGGAGCAGGCGCGGGCCCAGGCGCGCGUGGCGCGCGCCAAGCCCGGGGACUUCAUCGGCGUGCAGUACAACAUCGGCGGCGUGGCGCUCGUCCAUGGGCGGCUCGUGGUGCCGGUGCCGCCUGGGCGGCCUGACAGCGCGAGCAUCGUCACGCCGGACGCUGACGAGUCCGAGGAGAAGUACGUGGGCUCGGCGGACGUGUUGAGGUGGGACGUCUUCCCCGGGGGCGCUGCUGGCGGCGUGAUGCCGUGGGCCCCGGGGGCCCGCUACUACAGGUUCCGCAGCCUGCUGACGCCGGCGACCAUCCUGGCGGCCGCGGACGCCGCGGCGGGUCGGCUCGGGCUCCCCGCCCCUCCAGGGCCGAUCGUGGCCAACGCGGGUGGGCGGGCGAUCGGAGCGCCGGCCGCUGCGCCGCUGGGCGGGCUCGUGCCGCCGGCCGUGGGCCCCGCUGCCGCCCCGGCUGCCGCCCCGGCUGCCGGCGUGGCCGCGCUGGUGGCUGCCCUCGGCGGGCCAGCGGUGGCGCUCGCGCCCCUGCUGGCGCUCGCGGCGCCGCCGCCUGGCGCGGCCGCGGCCGCCGCGGCCCCCGCGGCCUUCGCCGACGUCCGCGUGCAGCCCGUGGUGUACAACGCCCUCUGCUCCAGGCGGAUCGGCUUCGGCGACGCGGUGGCGCGCAUGGUUGAGCACCAGUGGCCGGACUGGCCGGUCACCAGCCCCCGCGCGACGCUGUGGGUCUGCCAGUUCAUGAAGGACAAUGGGCUGUCGCCCCUCGGGCGCCACAGCAAAUGGAGGUCAGAGGGCCGCCUCGCGCUUGCCGACGGCGGCGUGGCCGAGCACGAGCGCUGCUGCUCGUACCUCGAGCAGAUGGUGUGUUUCGAUCAGUUGAACGUCCUGGACGUCGCGGCGGCGGAGAUGAUCUGCCGGAGCAUCCAGGUGCAGGAGGGGAGGUGGCGCGAGCGGUUCGUGUCGAGUGCCGACGAGUCGCUGGACUCCUACUUGUUCUACGGCACCUCGUCCAACCGUGGCGGCGUGUGCGUGCACCCCCAGCUGCUGGCCCACGUCAGCGCCGAGCUGUCGAAGGAGUACGCCGUGGCAAAUGAGAGGCGCAAGGCGAGGGGGGAGCGACAGUCCGCUCGCACGCCGGGCAACAAGGACAAGAAGGGCAACAAGAACAAGGACAAGGACGAGCCAAAGGGGUGCGCCAGCGCCUUCUUCCACCCGGCACCCCCGACGCGUCUUCCUACGGCGGCUGCGGUGUCUUCGGUGGAGUCGGGCGCCCCGCCGCUCUACGUGGCGAGCGGCGAUCUCGACAGUGCCUUCUACCGCCUCCGGCCCAUGUCGGGCCUCGAGGACUAUUUCACUUUGCCGAGGCUGUCCUCUACCCGGGCCGGCAUCGCCGAGCUCGACGGCGCCAUCUUGCCGGCGGGUGCCAGCCUGGCCGCGACCAUGCGGGCGAUCUCGGUGGCGGGCUUUUCGGACUCGCAGAUCGUGGAGGACGGCCGGGCGAGCGUGCCCCUGCCCACCUCCGCCGCCAUUGCCGCCGCCGGCUACGUGGACAACUUCUACGUCUUCGGCCACGACCCGCCGCUGGUCACGCGCCGCCGCGACGACGUGUCCGCCGUCCUGCGGAGCUGGGGCCUGGCCGUCCACGAGGAGACGGACGCCGCCGCGGACGCCGUGCUGGUGGGGCUGAGGCUCCGGCAGGGCCGCUGGCUUUCGGUCAAGCGGCGCAACCUGUGGCGGCUUCGGGCGGCGCUCGACACCGUGCUGCGUCGGGGCUGCUGCUCGAGCAAGAUGUUGGAGGUGCUGGUCGGCCAUAUCACCUGGGCCUGUCUUAUACGCCGGGAGUUGCUGUGUGUGCUGAGAGCUGUGUACCCGGACAUCGCGGCUGGCCUUCCCGCGACUUCUCGGAUGUGGGGCUCUGCUCGUGAAGAGCUCUGGCUGGUGCGGUCGCUGCUGCCCCUCCUCCAGAAGGACCUGAGCAGCCCGUGGCACGACAUCGUCGGAGUGAGUGGCGCCUCCGAGUUCGGUGUCGGCGUGGCCGUGCGGUCUGUGCAGCCGAGCGUGGCGGCGCAGCAUGGCCGCCAGUGCGAGCGUUGGCGCUGCCGUGUGCACGGGGCCGAGAGGCCGCGUGAAAGAGUCUUCCAGCCUCAGCCUCUGCCUUCCUCCACAUCAGGUACAGCUCCGCUGCCUACGGGACUGCGCGGCCUGGACUUCGCGGGGCUCGAGUCCUUCAUCAGGGUGCACCCUCGGGAGUUCAUGGAGGUCCCUCGGGAGUUCUUCGACGGGGCCCGCUGGGCUCCGGUUAUCGCCACGAGGGUCGUCGUGCCCGACGACAUCUUAGCCUUGGAAGGGGACGCGUGUAUCUUGGGUAUCAAGCACAUCUUGAGGUCCAGGGCUGCCUUUGGGAAGCACAUCUUAUUGUUCGUCGACAACAUGCCGCUGGCCCUGGGGGCGGACCGCCAGCGUCGGGACGCCGCUGCCCGCCAGGUGGCGGCGACGCGGGGGCCCUCCGUCGGCCUGGCGGUGCUGGAGCGGACGGCGGUGAGGCCGGGCACGGAGCGCCUCUACCAGGUGUACCUCCGGGCCUUCCUCCAGUUCUGCCUCGUGAUGGCGAUCGACUGGGCGAGCGAGGCCGCGAUGGACCUGGCGCUGGUCACGUACCUGAACUCGAUGUACUUCAAGGGCCGUGCCCCGAACGAGGGCUCGGUGCUGCUGGCGGCGCUGGCGCACUGCGCGCCGGCGCUGUGCAAGAGGGCCGCGCAGGCUCUGCCGGGGGCGACCCGCUGCCUGGCGGGCUGGCGCCGCCGGGUGCCGACCAGGGUGCGCCUGCCGCUGCCUCGCCGGGCUGCCUUCGCCAUCGCAGGGGCGCUGGCGGCGAGGGGCCAGCCGCGCAUGGGCCUGUUCGUCGUGGUCUCGUUCGUGGCCUACUUCCGCCCGCAGGAAGCGUUCGGGCUGGCGGGGCGGCACCUCGUGCCGCCGGUGGCCCACCUGGGCCAAGCCCCGACCCCGUGGGGCCUGCUGCUGCACGACUCGGACCUCCAGUUGCCUGGGGAGACAAACCUGUGGGACGAGGGCGUGCUCCUGGACCAGGCGCCCUGGCUCGAGCCCGCUCUGGAGGCGCUGAGGAUCGCGGCGGGGGGCGGCCCCCUCUGGGACUUCCAGCUUACGUCGAUUGCGCGGCUCUUCGUGGAUGCGUGCCACGCCCUGGGUCUGAUGCACCUGCAGCCCCAUCUUUAUUCCCUCCGCCACGGGGGGGCCAGCGAGGACCUGCUGUCGGGUGCGAGGGCGGCGGGGCCGGUCAUGCGCCGCGGCCGCUGGGCCACCCUGGCCUCCCCGCGCCGGUGCGGCAAGGAGAUCCGCCUCCUCCGGGAGGCCGCCAAGGUGGACCCCGACGUGCUGCUGUUCGGGGAGGUCGUGGAGCAGAACUUCCUGGAUGCGCUGCGGGGCGGGCCGGCGCUGCCGCUGGUGAUGCGCGCGGUGCCGGAGGCGCUCCGCCAGCGCUUGCUGGCGGGCCCUGGGGCCCCCGCCGCCAAGCGCGCCUGCCGGCGCUGCCUGUUUCUGGGGCCUUUCGCCAGCUGCGGCCGCAUCUCCCAGCGUGUUCGUGACAUGGGCUACGGCUGCCUGGGCAUGGACAUCGCCCAGGGGGCCGUCGAGGACCACCUCAGCUCCACCUUCGAGUCGGUUGUGCGCGGCUGGCUGCUUGGCAAGGCCAUCGUGGGCUUGUGGCUGGGCACGCCGUGUGCGUCGUGGUCGCAGGCGCCGAGGGAUCCGUUGCGUUCGAUGCAGUAUCCGAUGGGCGAGCCAGGCUUCGAAGGCGCACGUUUGCACCGGCUCCGCCUAGGUCGGAAUAAGGGGGCGCCGGCCCGCCGCGCCCAGCUGGCCGCGGCGUACUCGCCUCAGUUCGCCCGCGCCGCUGCUCGUGCUCUCGUUCACUCGGCCAAUGCACUCAAAGAGUAA